AUGGUGGUGAACAGGAAACUUUUGGUUUUCUCAUUUGUGCCCUUUUUUUCUUUCCCUUCCUACUUUGGCCACAGACUUCACUCCACCGCCUUUCACUUCCCAUCUUUCUUCGUAUCUCAAUUUGCUUCUGUUCUUCUAUUCAUCAUUUUAUCUUCGACCCACCAUUUUCUUCCUUUGAUGGCUUCACCGAACAUCAUAAACGAUGAAGGAAGCUCAUCGCUUCAACCUCCCUUCACCUACUAUAUUCAGGAAUACACCUUCAGGAACAGGGAAGGGUAUGGGUGUAAUAAUUAUCUUUUUGCCCUAUUUUCGUUGUGUAUUUCGAUUAUGAUUCCUCUUUUUAUAAAUUCGAACGGACGAAUUCUAAAAUUCCAACACAUCCAGGUUUUUGGUGAUGAGUUGUUGAUGUCAAAUCCCAAAAAUGUAGAAAGAGCCAUCGAAGAACAUGCUUGCAAUGCUGUUCUUCUCAAGGUGAACCAAGUUGGAAGUAUGACAGAAGCCAUUAAAUGGGUCUUGCCACCAGUAAGAGAGCGCUCAGCCAAGUACAAUCAGAAAGUAAAUGACGGUUGUGCCCUUACAAUGAUGAGGAUGGAGGCUUUCACCGAGGUCAAGUGCCAAGAAAACAAUGGUGACAAGAAGCAAUAUGUGACCAUAUAUGUUCCUCAUUUUGGAGUCCUGAGAGGCGAGCUUUCAUCCAUGAGUAUAUUGAUUGAGUACGAGAUUCUUUGGUUGAUUAGGAGUGCAACCCACUUGAUAUUUCAGUUGACUGGGGUGUCUCGACUUAGAUGCUUAUUAUCACCGACCUGGCAAAGAAAUCAAGUAAUGCAGGUCCGUAUACCCUUGAUGAUUAUUGAAGGCCCUGUCGCUAUGCUGCAAGCCAUUGUUUUGUUGCUGGAAAAAAAUAAACUUCUUCUUGAGUUUGGACUUUGUCAGGCCCAGGGCCAGAUGUUGGUGUACUUUCUUAUUUGCAAAAUCUUGGAUAUAAGAAGCCAUAUAUAAGCUUCAUGGAUAGCAUAACAAUGGAAUUUUGGAUUGCUGUAUCUGAUCAUACCCACUACAAAAUCAUAACAUAGACAGGUGUUCUUGCAAUGCCAAAAAAAUGGAAUUUGAUUGUUCCCAGAUGUGUGGUUUGCUUAUAUAGAAGUUAAGAUUCCAACAGAUUUUUUUUUCUACCAAAGGACUAUUUUUGCAACGACAAAAAAUGAAAUUGGCUGGCUUCUAGAUGUCAGGUUUGCUUAUGUAGCAGCUAAGGCUUCACGAGAUGGAUUAUGUACAUAUACACGUUGAAAGAACGAAAAAAAAAAUUUGAAUCAGCGCCAACGGGCGCGCAUGAUUCCAUCUAGUUGACUAUAACAAGUCAAGAUUUAAUAAUUUGGUUUAAUUUCGGAUGAUCGGUUGUAUUGAAGGAUUUAUUGUCUGAAUAAAUAAAGGUUUAAUUAUUUUUCAGAAAACCUAAGGUUAUGUAUAAUAAAGCAAAUUUGGAAGUCAUUUUUUUAACCCCAU